UAGAGGUAAAGAGCAACCGCCGCCGCCUCUCCCCCCUUCCCCGCGCGCCUGAGACGGUGGCCACCGUGAUACGUUCUAGGGUUCAGGUCGCCGGCGAUGUCGGCGCCGUUGCCGGGGAGGACGCUCGUCGAUCUCGAUGGCGACGUGCUGGCCCACUGCGCGCGCCACCUGGGCGCCCGCGACGUCGCCAGCCUCGCCAUGGCCUGCCGCCCGCUGCACGCCAUCGCCUACUGCGACGCCGUCUGGUACCGCCUCUACAGGAAGCAAUGGCCGUUUCAACAAAUGCCUUAUGGAGCUUUGGGGAUUAGAGAACUAUAUAUUCGGAGGCACACUGAAGUACAUCAAAUGAAGUUUGAUGAUCCCUUAUCAUCUAUUUAUUAUCUAGAUCCCACGAAGCCAACACCAAGCCAUCUAAUGCUUGAUAGGAAUGGUGUUUGGUUCUCUCAAGGACCAGUAGCCAAAAGAUUGAGGAUUAGUAUACUGGACAUGGAAUUGGUGGAAUGCUACAGGUCUCAUAGUGCGAAGAUCACUUGUAUGAGAUUAUUCCCACUAAUCGACACCCCGCUGUAUCGAAGUGAUGCACAUAGAAAUGAAAAGGCAUUAGUCACUUCAAGCACAGAUAGAACAGUCCGUCUUUGCUGGAAGGGUCAAUCACGCUGUUACAAGGGCCAUUCAGGACCUGUCACUGCUGUGGCUGACAAAUUGCUUGACGAUGGUGAAUUUAAAAUACUUGCAACUGGUGGUGAAGACUGCACCAUUCGCCUUUGGUCUAUGAAUACAAGAGCAAAAAAACACCCUCUAAUAUCAACUUUGUAUGGGCAUGAAAAGACACUGUCACUUUUGUCUGUUGCUUGGCAUAAAUCUUCCCUGCUGGUCAGCAGUUCCAAAGAUACAAAGGUGAAAGUGUGGGACACAAUGGCACCUACUUCCAGUGUCUCAUCGUCUUGUGUUGGGGGUACUCACCUUAACUCAAGUGGUCCACCAAUUGCAAUCAAGUGCUAUCAAUCCCUUUGUUACAUUGCUGCUGGAUCUGAAGUGACAGCAAUUGAUUUGAGGACGAUGAAGAAGGCUUCUGUUCUUGAACUUCGUAACCAAAGAAUACUUUCUUGUGAGAUGCUGCCUUCUGAAUGGUUAAUAUGCACAGGCAUAAAAGACAAGGCUCUUCUGUGGGAUAUUCGUAAGUCUCAAGAACUCAAGCACACAGUCGCAGAAUUGCAUUCAGAUGGUCCUGUGACGUUGCUUCACUUGGAUCCAUACAAGGUAGUGAUGGGCGCGCCAUGGGAUGGUCAGGUCCAUGUCUGGGAAACACGGACGGGCCACAUGGUGAACAGAUUGAGUUUUGACAAGCCUGUUAAAUCAGGAGGGAGAAGCACAGUGUCAGCCAUGGCCGUGGACGGGUGUAGGAUUAUCACCUCAGGGAUUAGUCCUACCAGAGGCAGCCUGUUACACCACAAAGACUUUCUGAGAUCCUCAGUUCCUGUAGCUUUACCUGGCAAGGAGGUUUCCAAGUUCUGGGGGCCUCAAGAAUAUGACGACGAAGACUAGCGUAAAUUAUUAGCAAAAAGAUGCAAGACAUGCUGCAGUUUAUCAGGGAUUCAGUCUAUCCCUGUCCUCAAGGAAUGUAUUAAUGUGGAGCAGUUCAUUCCUUAUCCAUUCUCUUCUUGCAUAUGGAACAUAAAUGAUCUCUGGAGAGGCUUGAUGGCCUCAGGUGUUGUGAUCAAUGAUUAAGAGAAAAACAAGUUGAAUGUUUAGUAGUUCCACAGAUCAGAAAAUGGUUUUGGAGAAGCCUAUCAAGCUGAAGAACUGUGGUGCAUGAUGUGGAAGUUUGAGUGCACUAUUAUUUCCCUGUUAUGGCCAACUAUUGCUGAUGGAAAAGCAGCAGUGUAAACUAUCUGUUAAUCACAUCAAACUUGUAAAUCGAAUAGUUUAAUAUGUACAUAUUUUAGUUUUUUGUAUCACCACAGGUUUUAUGUACAUAUUGCACCACCACAGUUUUUUUGUAUCCAAAUUCAUCAAAAUUGGAACUGAUUUUGGGCUGGA